GAAUGGUCGAUUCCUCUCUUUGUGGCUUGCAGUUUGGCCUCCAGUCCUUUAGAUGUCUCUGCAGGAGCCUCCGUGGUUGCAAGCAAAGAGAAUAACAGGAAACGGAGGAGAGUCUCGAGCGAUCAUGGCUGAGGAAGAAGAAGAAAACCCCCAAGCUCGGCAAGGUUUGCAGGAACUGGUUGACCAGCUAUAUCAUUUCCGUGACCAUUAUUUUGAGAGCCACAAGGUGGAAGAUGCUGGGAAAAAGCAGCAGGAUGUACAGGAAGAAAUGGAGAAGACUCUUCAGAAAAUGGAAGCAUUAGAAGGCCUGUCUAAGGGUCGAGCUCACACACUGAUGCUGAAGGGGAAAGCCUUGAAUGUGUCCCCAGAUUAUAAUGCCCAGGCUGAAGAGCUGCUCUCCAAAGCUGUCAAGCUGGACCCAGAACUGGUAGAAGCCUGGAAUCAGUUAGGGGAAGUUUACUGGAAAAAGGGUGAUGUCUCUGCUGCCCACACCUGCUUCUCUGGAGCGCUUAGCCAUUGCAAGAACAAGGCCUCCCUGCAGAAUCUCUCUAUGGUGCUGAGGCAGCUGCGCACGAACUCCGCUGAUGAGCAUGCACACAACGUGAUGGACAGCGUGCGGCAGGCCAAGCUGGCGGUGCAGAUGGAUGUGCGCGAUGGCCGCUCCUGGUAUGUUCUGGGCAAUGCCUACCUCUCCUUGUUCUUCAAUUCAGGGCAGAACCCCAAGAUCUCCCAGCAGGCGCUGAGUGCCUAUGCCCAAGCAGAGAAGGUGGACCCCACAGCAUCUUGUAAUCCAGAUCUACAUCUUAAUCGAGCCACGCUAUAUAAGUAUGAAGAAAACUACAUGGAAGCUCUGGAGGGCUUUGCACAGGCAGCAGCCCUUGAUCCAGCUUGUCCUGAACCACGCCAACGGGAGCAGCAACUCGUAGAUUUCCUGGAGCGGCUAACCAGCCUCCUUGAAAACAAGGGAAAAGUGAAAGGCAAGAAGCUGCAGAGCAUGCUGGGAAGCCUGCGUACCUCCCAGCUGGGCCCGUGUGGGGAUGGGCGCUACCAAGGGCCCUCGGGUCAGAAGGUGCAACUGGAACAGCGCCCCCUGGGCACCUUGAGGCCUGGCGUUAACUCUGGUGUUGUGGUGCUGGGGAAGGUGCUGUUCAGUCUGACCACAGAGGAAAAAGUGCCCUUCACUUUUGGCCUGACUGACUCCACUGAGGGCCCCUGUUUUGCUGUCACUGUGUACAACAUGGCGCAAAGCUGGGGGGUUUUGAUUGGGGACUCGGUGGCCAUCCCUGAGCCUCACCUUCGGCAUCAUCACAUCCAGCACCAAGGCAAGAGUUUUACUUUUUCUAGCAUCCGGGUGGAGACGCCUCUCCUGCUAGUGGUGAACGGCAAAGUGCAAGGAUCCCAGAGCCAGGCUGCAGCCACCAUUGCAUAUCAGGCACAAAGUGAAUGAAGUGAGGGGGCAGGAGGAGGUGACGGCAAGUGGGGGGACUGCUCUCCUGCCUGGUGGUGCUUGGCCUUCAGGCAGAACCUGCUACCUCUCAGAGGAUCUAGAAAAUCAAAGGCCUGGGGCAGGGUUAGCCAAGGCGGUGCCAUCCAGCUGUUGCUGAACGACAGCUCCCAGCAUUUCUCCCCCUUGGCUAUGAUAGCCGGGGCUGAUGGGAGUUGUUGUCCAACAACAUCUGGAGGACACUACCUUGGCUAUCUAGGGCCCAGCAAGGUUGGACUUGUUUUUAUCAUACAUUCAAAGACACUAGAUUGAAGGAGUGAGAGACAAGAGAGGGAACUGCAGGACUCCAGGGUUAAGCCCUAGUUUUGCUCCCUCUCAGUUCUACUUCCCUAUGCAUCAGCCUAGCCUCGAUCCUCUGCAGUAAUAAGAGUUAGCCUUCAUGAGUCAGUCUGAAAAAUCAGUGGGGCUGCUCAACUCACUCCCAUGUCUUUCCCUAGGCUCCUCCCACUUUUCCAACAGCAGGCCUGCCCCAUCUCU